AAACCAGAAACCAACUUUUUUUUUAAAAAAAAAAAAAUUUAAACCAAACUUUUUUUUAAAUUACUUUACUUACAUUUUUUCAUUUGACAAAGAUUUUUGGAACCUUACUAUUAAGUUUUAAGUUUUAAAUCUUUUUCUUUUCUAAACCUAUUUUCCUUGUCGUCCAUCAUGUUUUCAGAGACAAACAAAGGCUACACUUAUGAGGAAUGCAAGGCCACAGCCGAUUGGCUGAUGGCCCAAACGGACAUACGACCCAGAAUCGGCAUCGUGUGCGGCUCGGGGCUCGGAGGGCUGGCUAACCUGUUGAAGGACCAGGUGGUCUUCAACUACAGGGACAUACCCAACUUCCCCCAGAGCACCGUGCAUGGUCAUGCAGGACGGCUGGUGUUCGGCACACUGAAGGGUCGGCCGUGUGUUUGCAUGCAGGGGCGAUUCCACCUGUACGAGGGGUAUCCAAUACAGAAGAUCACGCUGCCUAUUCGAAUCUUUAAGCUGCUCGGCGUCGACACAGUGAUUCUGACCAACGCCGCCGGUGGCUUGAAUCAGGACUUCAAAGUUGGAGACAUCAUGAUCAUGAAAGACCACAUCAACAUGCCCGGGUUCGCUGGCAACAACCCUCUGUCUGGACCCAACGAUGAGAGGUUCGGCACCCGCUUCCCCUGCAUGUCUGACGCUUACGACAGAGAGCUGCAGCAGCUGGCCAUGGAGGUCGGACAGGAACUGGGCUAUGGAGACUUUCUUCGCGAGGGUGUCUACUGCGUCCUGAGUGGACCCUCAUUCGAGACCAUUGCAGAGUGUCGUAUGCUGCACCGACUGGGCGCUGAUGCUGUUGGCAUGAGCACGGUGCAUGAGGUGAUCGUAGCCCGCCACUGCGGCAUGCGUGUCUUUGCCCUCUCGCUAAUCACCAACCAGGCUGUGAUGGACUACGACAGCGAGGAGAAGGCCAACCACGAGGAGGUCCUUCAGACAGGUAAACAGCGGUCCGAGCAGUUGGAGCGGCUGGUUUCCACCUUGGUGACAAGGAUCGAGCACAACAACAUCUACGCCUAAGACGCCUCAGACGCCUCAGACGCCUCAGACGUACACUAUAAAGAGACUUGUAUCCACUUUUGAUGUCACUGGUUCAGUUGGGCUGCAGACCAAGCUGCACCAGCAUCCCCAGGAGAAUCUGACUCAAACAUCAACUUGGUGACCAGGCCACCAUCCAACAUGUUUCCAGAUGAGGAGGUUUUUGUACUAUUUUAAAUGAGACACGUCCUCUUGUUCUAACUAAAUAUCCAAUCAGUUUGUGUAAAUGUUCCUGAUUUAACUUAACCGUGAGCCAAAAUCUGCUGUAAAGUUCCCUAAAAUUAAGUUGUGUAUGUGUGGCGUUUUGCUCGCCUUGUUUUUUAAGCUAAAACCUUGUUACUAAAUAAAUUAUUUAUUA